AUGAAGAUCUCUUUGGCUCUUCUUGCUUCCGGGCUGCUUACUGCAGUCUAUGCCGUCGACUCUAAAUCGGACUCGGCGCCCCUGCUGCGUAGAGCUACCAAGUGUGGGUAUAAAUGCACCGGUGAGUACCCGUUCGGCUGUCAGAACAACACGGCACAUCCGGAAUCACGUAGCUGCCAACCCUUCACUGCCGCCGGGUGCUACAGCGAUCCCAAGCAGACUAUCCUGCACGGCAAUUAUUACGCUUUACUUAGGCACUACCGGGACAACGUGCAUGAGAAAUGUGCGUGGACCUGCCGUAAAUACAACUACUAUGCUGUGUCCGGAAAGUGGUGCCAAUGUGGCGAUCGCCUGAAGAGAUGGGCAGUCAAGGUCGCUCCGGUGCGGUGUGAAGUUCCGUGCCCUGGCAAUUCCACGCAGAGCUGUGCUACCAAGAACGUUGAUGCGGUUUAUAUUAAAGUAGCUCAUAUGGGGGACCGCACCGUAAAUGCCCCCAAGGGUUGGCAAGGGGAACCGGCGAUUUGA